UGGGACCGCGCCACGCCGGGAGCGGACCCGCUUUUGUGUUGCUGUCUGUCUCUGCAGCCGCCCGACCCCGGGCGGGAGGCGCGCGGGCCGCGACCCCCGAGGAGGCGGGGCCUCGGCGGCGGGCUCCGCCUGGUGUGCAUUUCACGGCCGCGGCCGCCGCCGCCGCCCUGGUUUGUUCCGAUACUCCGCCCUGCCCGGACCGCGGUCCCCCGGAGCCCAGGACGCCGGACGCGGCUGCCCGCGAGCGUUCGAUGGCCUCCAUCCCACCCAGCCGUGCUCUGGGCUUCCCCCCCAGCUUGCUGACUUUUCCUGGUUAACCGCAUCCUGGAGCGGCGCUUGGCAAAACUCAGAAUAAAGCAAGGGGGGGGGCGGGAAGAAUACAUUCGAUGCACCCGCCUGGGUCCCCCAGAGUUGGUGAAGGGACGUAACCAUGUCUGAGUCGGAGGAGAUAAGUGAGUUUGGCUACAUCAUGGAAUUGCUGGCCAGAGGCAAACUGCCGGGUUGGAGAAGACGUUACCAAUGCUGACCGUAAUGUGGGAAGACGGUGGAACUUUUCACAGCCACAGACGUCUCCCAAAUAGAAAAAUGA